GCCACUUUUUCACGAUGAGACUAGUUCGCCGGCUCUUUAGAGAUCUAAAUAAAUUAUCUAGAUGAAUACGAAUCACGCGAGUUGCACGAUAGAAGCAAUCGUGACGAGAAAUAACAUCAUAUCGUGAGAUAAUGAGAUAUGUCAAUUAUAAGUCCCCUGUAGUUGGUCGGCAUGGGUUGUGCCCCUAGUUCAAGUGGGACAAUAUCUUCCAAAGAAUCGAUUCAGCUCAUCCAGGAAAUAGAGGAGCUCAAAAAACAUCAGGAAACCAAAGAAGAAGAGAUCAAGAAGUUGAGGAGCGAAAAUGCGUUUUUACGCGAGAGUGCAGGAAUUGUAGAAGAGGAGAACGUGCGACUUGACACAUCAUUAGAAGUCGAACAACUUUCUAAGGAACUUGAAGCAUUGAAACUUGAAAACAGUAAUCUGAGGAAAGAAUUAAUGACAAUGGGGUCUCCUUCUAAGGUUGUUCCACAAAACCGAUCUCCCGUUAAAGGUCUACAAAAAGAAUCCAAGAACUUGCCUAAAGUUGGCGACCAUGUGUUGGCCAUGUGGUCUGUGAGCAUGUGGCAGUACUUCACAGCGACCAUCGUCAGCUUUGACCCCAACACGCUCAAGUUCACUAUCGAGUGGGACGACCAGGAUCCUUCGGGCCGGGUAAUCGAUUACUAUAACCUGGCUCUUGACAGGGUCCCGGAUGAUGACGAGAUCGCGGUAGGCUCUAUAGUCCUGUUUCCCCAAGGAGCAUAUAAGGGGAAGGAAGGCGUCCGACUUGGUGGUCAGCGGUGGCAUCAGGGUCGUAUUACGGACGUAACUCACGGUCCGGAUGGGGAGAAACUCUAUGACGGCGAACACACGAAAGGCAAAAACGAUGGCAAGUGGGUCACCUACAAAGGCUAUGAUCCAAAGUUUGAUGACUUAAAGCGACAUCAGCUCCGCAUAGCACCAAACGUACUGGAUCUAUUAUCUGCAGAGGAAGAAAGUGACCCUCCAUCACGAGCCGGUGACGUCAUUAACCCAUGUGACGUGUUUAUAUCAUACGCCAAGGCUAAUAGCGUGAACGCCGUCCGUAAUAAAGAGAUCCCUGACUUACCACCCACCUAUGAGGAGGCCGUAGCUCACCUUUGCGACCCCAGAGACAUCCGACAGGAACUACUUCAGAAAGGAAUUCAGGUGAACAAGGAAGAUAACCACAGCAAUUUGAUGGACACUGUGAAAAUGAUCAACAGCGCCAAAGUAUUCGUUGCCUUUCUUAGCGACGAGUACGCAAGCGAUGAGAUAUGUCGUCAGGAGUUCCAGUACGCCAAGAAAACUGCAAAGAAGCCCGUGGUUCCGGUAGUAAUUGGAAAUUCGUUUGAUUGGAUGAUGUCUGUUGUCGGGUUGCUGAUCGCAGGAGAGCUGUAUAUCCAUUUUAAGGAUAAGUCCAUUCAGGACGUGAAGAUGCAAGAGCUGCUUAAAGCCGUCAAAAGAAGUGUCAAGGUUGACGAGCCAGAUGCAGCAUCCAUUCAGACGGUGAGCGCUUUACCACCUGUCUUGGAGACUGCAGACGUGUUUGUCAGCUACUGUUGGUGGAAUUCUAACACUGCUUACCAAGCUAAACAGAUUUCUAGCUUGAUUGGUAACCAGUAUAGUGACCCACGCAAGAUCAAAGAAGACCUUAGCAAGAUGCUCAACCUGGUGAUUUGGCUGGAUACGGAAAGACUGCAGACCAACAAUCAAUCCGAUUCUUCCAUGGGCAUGUUUGAGCAGAUUGCUAAAGGUCUUGCAAGAGCAAAAGUGAUAAUUGUGUUUGUUAGCGAGGAGUACGCAGCUAGCGACAACUGCCGGAUGGAGUUCCAGUUCGCACUCAAGUCCCUCCGAAAACCUAUCGUACCAGUGAUUGUGGGCACGGGACAGAAAUGGCAGCAGACUGUUGUCGGGUUACUAGUAACGAGCCAAAACACCGAGCCAGUCAGCAUGCAUGGCAUCUCCUCUGAUGAAGGCUACCGUGGUGCCCUUGACAAAAUCGGCGAUCACGUCAAGUCUUUGCUCGGUCUGAAAGAGCAAGAGACAACCUACAAAGCGCCAGUUAUUGGAGAUCACGUGGUCUGCCAUCAUCAACAAUGGGCGUACUACUACGCUACUGUUGUAACAUUUAACCGUGAGACCAUGGAAUACACAGUGGACUGGGACGACGGUGACCCAUCGGGAAGGGUCCAGUCUUAUAACUAUGUAGGUAAGGAUGAGGUUCCUACGCCGGACCAGAUUGGAGUGGACUCCAUCGUGUUUUUCCCUCAAGGAAGUUAUGCCGGCACUGUGGGAAACAAUGCAGGCGGGGGGCGCUUUCACGAAGGGAUCAUCACGAAUGUCCGCAAGGAUGCAUCUGGAGUUACGGUUUACGAUGGCCAUCAUACAAAAGGCGAAGAAGACGGCAAAUGGGUUACUUACAAAGGCUACAGCUACGAGUUUUUCGACAUGAAACUCGAAGAUCUCAGGAUCGCGCCUAAUGCCAUGGACGCGCUGAUGGCCUGUAAACAAGUCUUUAAUGUAGACACAUGAAUAUCAGCGCUAUCGCUCAUGUGCUGACCCCAAACCCACAGGUCAACUCAACCCCGACCCUCACUCCGACCAUCACCUACCCCCCUACACAAACAUACCCGAUCCUUUUGUCGUUAAGAGGCAUAGGAAAUGCUCGGAGACCAGAAGCAUUUAUAGGCGCACCAUUCGCGGCCGAACAAGAAUACUCUGAGGAAACAUUUGUUAUUAAGCAGUUCUUAGGGCAACAAAUUCCAUGAAAUUAUAAUCAAUUGCACAACCUAGGAAAUACUAUUACAUUUUUCUAUAUUUAUCAUAACGCAGGCGUAUUUGAUAAGCAGAAAUGAAUAUUGUACCCAUUCAAAAUGAAUUAAAUUAUAUAAACAAUCAGUUACCUUA